CUCCGUUGUUCCUUGUACAUAUAUCUUUGCCCUUCACUUUUUCCAUUCUCCGCCCAUAAAACUAGCCUCGGCUCUCCACGCCUCGAUCCCCGCCAUCUUCAAUUUCCACGACAAUGGGGAUAUUAUAUGGGAUGGUGGCGAGGGGGCAGGUGGUUUUAACGGAGUUUAGCGCAACCCAUACAAAUGCGAGCACCGUAGCUAGACAGAUUUUGGAAAAGAUGACCCAAGGAAAGAAUGAUAGCAAUUCCUCGUUUUCGCACGAUCGUUACAUUUUCCAUGUCAAGAGAACCGAUGGUCUCACCGUCCUCUGCAUGGCCGAUGAUGCCUCCGGAAGGAGAAUCCCUUUUGCUUUCCUUGAAGAUAUCCACCAGAGAUUUGUAAAGACGUAUGGUCGUGCCAUUCAAUCAGCCUCGGCUUACGCCAUGAAUGAAGAAUUCUCCAGGGUCUUGAGUCAACAAAUGGACCAUUUCUCAACUGACCCCAAUGCCGAUAGAUUAAACCGUUUAAAAGGGGAAAUGAGCCAGGUACGAAGUGUAAUGAUCGACAACAUCGAGAAAGUAUUGGAGAGAGGCGAUCGAUUGGAGUUGCUGGUGGAGAAGACAUGCUCAAUGCAGGGGAAUUCACUUCGAUUCAAAAGUCAAUCUCGUCGUUACAAGAAUACUAUGUGGUGGAGUAAUUGCAAAAUCACGGUGACAUUGAUAUUUCUGCUUUCGUUGAUCAUCGCUUAUGCUCUGUUCUCAUUUGUCUUUUAAUAAUUCCUUUUUAUCGUACUCG